AUGCCUCGUCUCGUGCGUCGACGUCCGCUCAUGGAGCGCAUCCAGGCCUACUUAAACCCGUGGGACUUUUUACUGUGGCUAUCCGAGGAGAUUGAUGGAAAUGACUGGGACCAGAUGGAGAAGGACUGGGGUCUUACUAUUGGCGUGGGGCUCAAUUUGAUCUUCCUCAUCACUCGCGCAAAUAGUCGAUCAAGUGGUGGCAAAGCCUUUGACGAUGUGUUUGGUGAAGAGGAAGGUGUGCCUUGGCUUAGCUGGCUGGCGACGCUCCUCACCACCGUGCUCCUAAUCCUGUCUGUCGCGAAUGCAGUCUACACAUUCUCCCGCAAAAAACGCUAUCGCAUGUUCGAAACGCCCAUAGACCAAGUCCCUGCGACUCCCUCUGCCCACCGUGUGCGAGUAGAAUCAAGCCCAAUGGCCUCGUCUCCCCUCCGAUACCUCGCAAACGCCCUAGCCGGAGAGUCGGCCCAGUCGCGUGCUCACCCAGAUGCCCAACGGGAUGUAUGGGAGCUUGCCCUCUGGGAUCCUCUACCAAUCAGUGUCCGCCUUCUGUGCUUGUUCAGCCCAGGGCAUGUUUUGAUUUAUUGGCUCUUCCUGCCAACACAGCUCUCCGACCCUCGCCCAAGUGUCACAAUCGUCACAACCAUCUUCCUCACGUUCCUUCUAUCCGUACAAAUGUCUUUGAUGUCUUCUUUUUACACACAACAGGCGAAAGAUUCUAUGCUGGUGCACAAGGAAGUACUGAAGGAAUAUGACACCAAAUUUGUUCACCCUCGGACUCGGCCCCUGAUGAGAGAUGUGGGCACCCAAUUUUCGGAAACAGUCCCUGCGCAGUCGGGCUCGGACGCGGAGAACAAAGUCGAAGUUCAUACACCAACCUUUAUUAUCAAUCGCGGUUUCAAAACCAGUCCCAAUCCCAACUAUGUCAGUCAUGUCGACCCAGAUGGAUUCACUCCGAGACGGCCUACUGCCACUCCUAGCUCUACAUCGUUAUUCCGCACCCCCACGGUGUCGGGCGACGGUUCGCCACUGGUGCGCACAGCGGGAAAUUCCAUGCGUCAACCACAGUUCCGACCAGCCUCGACUAGUACAGGUGAUGGAGGUAGUCUCGGAGUCUAUUCGCAUGCCAAUUCCCCAUUGAGGAAGUCAGCAUCAACUGCCUUCGAGCGUCGAGUUCAAAGUAGCGGCGACUUCGUCUACACUCCACGAGGAACGAGUCCUGUGAAGAAACAAUCCAGCCCUCUCAAGAGAAGCAGCCUUGCGGCAUCUAUGAGCCCAGCGCCGGGAACACUCCAAAGACCAGGUAGUCUUAAUCCCCGUCGAGAAACGGGGAGAUUCUAG